AUGGCAAUGAAUUCGUUCAUUUGUAUUUGACUUUUCUUGCCGUGUGGACGUGUUUCUCCACCAUAUUUGUGAUUUAUAUCAGAAGAAAAAUAAAAUAGCCACGAGAUAAAAGAAUUUUUUCUAAUUUGUGUUAAAUAAAAAUUUGUCAAAAUUAAUAGCCGCAAGAUGAAUCACAACAAUAAUAACAGUGGUCGCCCACCGCCACGUAUAGAUGGAAUGAUAUCCCUUAAGGUGGAUAAUUUAACAUAUCGUACUACACCAGAAGAUUUACGCAGAGUUUUUGAACGUUGCGGUGAUGUUGGAGACAUUUACAUCCCACGCGAUCGUUAUACCCGUGAAAGUCGUGGCUUUGCCUUUGUUAGAUUCUAUGACAAACGUGAUGCCGAAGAAGCUCUUGAAGCUAUGGAUGGACGCAAAUUAGACGGUAGGGAGUUGCGUGUACAAAUGGCACGUUAUGGCCGACCCACUUCACCAUCAAACAACAGACGUAAUAAUAAUCGCCGUGGAGGUGGUGGCCGUCGUCGUUCACGUUCUCCCAUUCGUCGUCGUUCUCGCAGUCCACGUCGUCGUUCAUAUUCACGUUCACGUUCUCCACAGAGUCGUUCACCCGUGAGACGUAAUAAAUUUUCACGCAGUCCCGUAAGACGUUCCCUUAGCCGCAGUGGCAGCCGAAAUGGUUUGGGCGCUAUAGGCAGUAGUGGUGGCGGUGGUGCCGACAGAGGACGCAGUGUCUCCCGUAGUCGUAGUAGAUCUUAAAUAAUAAAACCUUUUUUUCUCAACAACUAAAACAAGAAAAAGGUUUUAUUACUUAGAUGUGCAAAAAUAAAAAGGUCUCUAUUCAAACCGUUAUGGAAAAUGGCUUCUUGGGGACAUGUAUUUUACACUUAUUUUUAACAAUACGUUGCUGUGUCUUAUCAGCAGGUAUAUAAUUAAUAAUCCUUUAAUUUUUAAACAUUUUACUUUUAAUUUACUACGUCAACACACAUUUUUUUUUUUUUUGGAAAUCAAAAACAAAAUCCAUUUGUUUUUGUUUUACAAACAACAACAACAACAAAAAGCUGUAUAAAAAAUGUUUAAAUUAUAUUUAAACAUUUCCCCAUUAUAUUACAUUCUUUAAUUUGUAAGUCGUCAGCUUUCUUUUAAUCAUAUAUUCUUUAUAAUUUAGAAUAUCAAAAUUAUAACGAAAAUUCACCAGGAAAAGGUGAAAUUGAUUAUCUUUUUUAUCACAUAAAAAUAGUGUCUCAAAAAACAAAAAAAAAGAAAACCAAACAAAGUAAUAAUUGCCACCAUUGAAAAAAGAAGAAAUAUAUUAAUUAAAUAACUAAAUAAAUUCAUACAUUCUAUUGGUAUUAAUCUCUGUAUACACACACACACAUAAAUAUCUUAAAUAACACAAUUGUAAUCGUAUGUUUGCAAUUGCAUUUGUUUAAAAUAAUACAUAUUUAGUAGACAUUUUAGAGCCUACCAAAACUCCCUUCAAAUGUAAUUAAUAAAAAAAAAAACGUAAAAAAUACAAACAAAACUUAGUAUUUGCUUAAAAAUUUUGAUACAAAAAUGUGCUGAACUUAAAAAAAGGCUUAGGAAGAGACGGAUUAGGAACAUGCUAGGGGGGGAUUUACUUUGUAUUUCGAUAGAAAAGAAAACUUAAUAGCUUAAAUCUGACAAAAUAUUAUCAAGUUUAUUACAGGAAAUCCAUGUUAAAGAAAAACUUUAAAGCCCCUAUUUUUUGUUCUCCUUUUACUACAACUCUAUUUUUUUAAUUUGCUGCUAUUAUUUCUAAAAAAAACAACACACAAAAAACAAUUAUAAUAAUCAUAAACCAUUUUAUA